UGUCGCGCAUGCGCAUUGACGGUGCGAAGUCUUUUGUCGCUACAAAACUGAUGAACCUGCUUUGUGCGUCUUCUUUUUUGUUUUGUUUAAGUCUAUAUAAAUUAGGCGUUGCAAAGGAUUACGGUGGCGACGCAGGAACAAAAAGUAGUCGCCCUGGACUUCUGAAAAUGCUGCAAAAAAAUCGCACUGAUGUAAUCUAAGCUUUCCGUCCAUGUACACAAACAAAACCGAGUCUGGGGUUUAAGGUGGUUCCAGCAGCGAUUUGUGGGUGCGCAACGGGACAACAACAACAACAACAAUCGCGUCAUGAAGCGAAUUAAAAAAUAAUACACAUUUUCAAAAGCCGCCGGUCUCUCGAUUAAUCGAGCUACCAUGCAAGAAGCAAGGAGGAUCUGUUUACGAAGGCAGCGCCUGGAACACGACCGCGGGCUUCACCUCUGCAGCUGCCUUGACGACGCGGAGACACGAACGGGACGAGGAGGAAUCGCGCGGAUCGAAAGAGAUCCCGAAUAAUAAUCGAUUGGCGCGGGGGUGUGGGGGCGGUUCGGGUUCGGGCUCAUUUUUGGACGGAGAUGGAGACGGUCGGGAAAUUUGAGUUCAGCCGAAAGGACCUCAUAGGCCAUGGGGCUUUCGCCGUGGUGUUUAAAGGCAGGCAUCGAGAGAAGCAUGACUGGGAGGUUGCUGUGAAAUGCAUCAAUAAAAAGAAUCUAGCAAAAUCCCAAACUCUGCUGGGAAAGGAGAUCAAAAUAUUAAAGGAACUGAAGCAUGAAAAUAUCGUCGCCUUGCACGACUUUCAGGAAACAGCAAGUUCUGUUUAUUUGGUAAUGGAGUACUGUAAUGGAGGAGACCUGGCAGACUACCUGCACUCCAAGGGCACGCUGAGCGAGGACACCAUCCGUGUGUUCUUGCAGCAAAUAGCAGGCGCUAUGAGAGUGCUGCAGACCAAAGGCAUUAUACAUCGAGACCUGAAACCACAGAACAUCCUGCUGUCCCACCCAGCUGGCCGCAAGUCCCACACCAACAACACCUGCAUCAAAAUAGCGGACUUCGGCUUUGCACGGCACCUCCAGAACAACAUGAUGGCCGCCACCCUUUGCGGCUCCCCCAUGUAUAUGGCUCCAGAGGUCAUCAUGUCGCAGAACUAUGAUGCCAAGGCUGAUCUGUGGAGUAUAGGAACCAUUGUGUUUCAGUGCCUGACUGGUAAAGCCCCAUUUCAAGCCAGCAGUCCUCAGGACCUCCGCUUGUUUUAUGAGAAGAAUAAGAAUCUCAGUCCAAACAUUCCCAGAGAGACGUCCAGCCAUCUGAGACACUUGCUCCUAGGCCUGCUGCAGAGGAACCAUAAGGACCGCAUGGACUUUGAUGAGUUCUUCAAGCACCCUUUCCUUGAGGCAAGCUCCAGCAUGAAGAAGUCUGCACCGGUGACCCUGACCUGCUUUCCCAGCUCAGGUUCAGCAAGCUCAUGUAGCAGCUCCUCCACCUCACACCUCGCUUCUCCUCCUCAGUCCCUUGGUGAGAGCCAGCAGAAUCGAACCAAAGUGCUGGCCUCCCCUACCCAGGAUUCACCAGGCUCCUUGCUGAAGGAUUCAGCCGGUGGUGGAAGCAGUAAGAACUCGUCUUGUGACACGGAUGACUUUGUGAUGGUUCCCGCUAAUUUCCCCAGUGAGCUCACGUGUGAAAUGCCCUCAGGAAAGGUGCUUCAGGACAGUCUCAUAAUUAGUGGGAGUUCUCUUCUCGCUUCUGGAAGUCAGGGCAAUCAGGCCAAGUCUCUUCCACGUUCGCCCUCUUACAGCGGCUCUGCAGCGCCACCAGGCAGGCCCCCUGAACAAUCGUUGAGUAACUGUAGUAACUAUGGACAGUCCGUGCCCAUUCCGGUGCCCACACAGAUUCACAACUAUCAGCGCCUGGAGCAGAACCUGCACUCCCCCAGCCAGGACAGCUCCCCACGUUGCACUCCAAUGCGGCGGUGCAGCAGUGGCAGUCCUCUUGGUUGUGGCAGGACAGGACCAUCUCCCCCUCUUCACUCAGCCAUCAACACACGCAGACUGUCUAUAGGGGGCAGCAAACCCAUCCAGCCCGCCCCACAGGCUCUCCAGCUACCCGAUGUUAAGCCCAGAUCCAGGCAGCAAGGUUUGGGCUCACGCCUCCACAGUGCCCCCUGUUUGCUGGAGGCCACUGGCGGCUGCAGGCAGACGAUCAGGAAGCAGCACUCGGACCCCGUUGUGAACCCUCAGGGUGGUGCGAUGGCCCUGAGGACCCUGCAUUCCUCUCCCCGACUGAGUGAACUGAUACAGCGCAGUCCCCUACCCACCAUCCUGGGAUCACCCUCCAGAGCUAUGUCCCCAUUCGAAUUCACAAAGCCGCCCAGCUCGCCGAACAUGGUGACAUUUCUGACGCCGAAGGGUUUCGUUUUCCCCUCAUCCGCCGGUCGGCCGUGCCAGGUAGAAUCCGGAGUGCCUGCCGCUUUUCAGUCUGAGGACACCAAGAAUUUUGGGAGGUCUCAGAGCUCUGGCCGCCUGUCAGACAUGCUUCUGAAGGCAGCGUUCGGUGGACAGAUGGGAGAUCGAGGCAGCACGGAGAACCUCAGUGCCGACAGAGCGAUCGACAUCACAGCGCCUUCUGCUGGUGGGACCAUGGUGGUGGGAUCAGGCAGUCCAGCGCGAGUGGUGUUCACUGUGGGUUCGCCACCUAGUGGAGGAACGCCACCCCACGCUUCCCGUUCCAGAAAAUUCUCCGCUUGCUCCUCGAGCUCUAUCAGUCCGGUGGGGUCACUUACCACCCGUUACCCACAGACAGGCAUGUGUUUGGAUGGGUUUGAGUGCUCGUCCAGCCCCCGUUACAGUCUUGCAGACCCCGUUUCGGCCAACUUAGAGGGAGCUGUGAUGUUCGAGGCCCCAGAACUCCCAGAAGAAACACUAAUGGAGCAGGAGCACACAGAGAUUCUGCAGCGGCUCCGGUUCACUCUGAACUUUGCUCGUGGGAUGGUGGACGUGGCGGCGUCGAGAGGGGGCGAGGACAGGCAAGCGGAACCGCCCUCGACCUGCCUGCACCAGCAAGAAAGCGUUGUGGCUGAUCAGAUCAGCUCUCUGAGCCGUGAGUGGAGUUAUGCUGAGCAGUUAGUGCUGUAUAUGAAGACUGCAGAGCUCUUGUCCAAUGCUUUGCACACCGCCAUGGAGGGCAUCAAACAGGGUAAACUGUAUCCUUCUACCACAGUCAAACAAGUGAUCAGGAGGCUAAACGAUCUGUACAAGUCGAGCGUGACGUCGUGCCGCUCCCUGAACGCACGCCUGGAGCGGUUCUUUUCUCGAAAGCACCGGCUGAUGGACCACAUCGACACCAUCACCGCGGAAAGGCUGAUCUUCAGCCACACUGUGCAGAUGGUGCAAGCUGCAGCUCUGGAUGAGAUGUUCCACCAGGGCGAGGCUUCAGUUCAGCGCUACCGCAAAGCCUUGCUGUUAAUGGAAGGUCUGUCGCUUCUCCUCACUGAGCAGUCUGACAUUGUCAGCAUCAGCAAGUGUAAGGAGUGUAUUGAGCGUCGCCUCACUGCGCUGCAAUCAGGCCUUUGUGUAUAGCGAUUCAACCAAGUUCCUUCCAUUACAUUCCGUAAACACGUCGUCUCUUCAUCCCUCUCACCGCUCCUUCUUCUUUUCAUUUCUAAGAAAAUGACGACUGAGAGGCCUGAGUUUGUGGUCACACACAUGACGCCUUCAGUGCACAUAGAGAAAUGAAGUUUCCUCCAAUCGCAUCGUGUUUGAAUCAUAAAUCGUACGAGCUGCAGGCAAUCGCAUCACACCGAUGCUGAAUCCAUGACCUUCUCGUGGAUAUCUUUUAAAACCUAUAAGCUGCACUGUGUAAACAUUAGAAUUUUUCGUUGUUGUUUUUGCGUAGACGUGACACUAUGUCGGGAUCGGAUUUCCUUUAAUAAUGGGUUUGUGCAAUCACCGGUGAUUGAUAUUCAUCAGCAGCUGGAAUUCAUCCUAAAGAAAAAGGUAUUAAACUGUAUUUUUAUCUCGGGAACGGUGCAUCUUCAGUAUGCAUUACGAUUCAUUGAUGUACCUUAAUAGCUUAAUAUUCACACGGACGAAAGGAUCCAUCCUCAAGGAGCUCACAGUUUAAUACAGUCGCCAACAGUAGAAGUUGAAAUUCAUAUUAAUAAUCAGGAUGUUCCGAGCCGCAAAUUUCGCGCCAAAAUCCAAAAUGUCGCUCGUGGAGGACGACGUACGGACCGAAUUGACUAGACACUUUAAUCUUCUUUUUUAAGUUUUAUUUCCUCCCAGUUUGUUUUUCGAGUUUGAGGAAUAAGUUUUUUCGCCAGAUAAAUGUAACAAACCAGGAAAGGGAGUAAACAAUGGGUUACAUCAAGAAGGUGCUUGGAGUUGAAUUUGUUCAUAAGUUGUGUUGCACCAUUUCAUUAAAAAAAAAAGAUUGAGAUUGUAAUGAUGAUGUAAUAUAACAUGUAAUUAUGUAUUUAACAGUUAUUAAUGCAUAUCCAACAUUUCACUUGGGAUUAUUAAUAGACAAAAACAGCAUCACUACAAUUUUUCUUUCCUGAAAACUAGCAUGAGGAAUAUUAUUAUUGUCGUAUUUUGACAUUUAAAACACUUUUAUUAAACGGGUGUGAGAUUCGUUUCAAGAAAUCUAUCAAAAAUCAAUACACUUUUAGUACUGAAAUCAGGAUUACGUGCAAUUUGGAUUGUUUUAAAAGGUAUUUUUAAGUUUGGUGCAACUGGAUUUACAAAUAGACAUGGACAUAUUCCAGGUUAAAGCUUUCUUGGCGCAACCCAUUUUCUUAAAGAAAAACUAUAGUAAUCUUUGUUUACUUAGAACUUCUACAUACCUCCCUGUUUUUCUUUCGUAGUUUUUAUUACCAGUCAGGCCGUGUGUAGCACUUUAGUGAAUGCUGACCACCAAGAUAUCCAAAUUACCCCACCCCCCAAAAAAAAUGUUUUGAAGAGAUCUGAGCCCCUUUUUUUAAAAUCCCCUAUUGUGAUCUCUUUGGCAUUUUUACGUCAUAGAAUGUAUUUAGCAAUCAUUGUUUUCCACGUUUUAAAUGUGUUUGAGUGAUAGAAGGACAGGCUCUUGAGAAAACCACCUUUUUUUGGAUCAGGAGGCAGAUUGUCCAGUGCAUUUUUGUUUACUGCUUUAGCUGUUAUGGAGGAGUCUAGGCUUAGUGUGCAGCAGGCCCUGCGCUGUAAGGCAAUAUCAUUUCCUAGAUAAGAUGAUCUGCCUUUUUUUUUUUUCGAUCUCCAUUUCACCGAUAUACAGUUCUGCGUACAGAAUCCGUAAAAGCGGUCGUUUCUUGUUGAUUACGCCGCCUGAACGCGUUCGAGAGAGUUUGGGACACGGGAACGGAACGACGGCGUUCGGGCGUUCGCUACACCGCAUCAGAGCUCCGACUGUUUCCGUGUCGCGUUUAUUUUUUGUUCCUUUUUUUUUUUUUUUAAACUUUAUUAACGUAUGCUGAGUGGUUUGGUUUCUUGUGUCAGAUAAAGCGUAAAUCUAUUUAAAUAAUGUGCCUUUAAAAAAAAGCAAAAAUUGAAACACUGAAAAGAGUUUUGUUGUUUUUGUCCAUUAUUUUCUAGUAGCUUAAUAGAUUCAUACUCGUGUUUGUUUGCCUUUUUGAGUGUUUUCGACUGUGUGAUGAAGGACAGGGUUUUUUUUUGCGAGUGUGUUAGUGUGUGUUUGGAUCGUGUGUUGGGGGUGUGAGAUUGUUAGGAUAUGCCAUAACUUUAGUCCUAAACUAUUUUUUAUUUACUAGUCAAGUAUGUUUUCUAAUUAAUGCUUCAUUGUAGAUAUCAAUCAGAAGGCCAGUUACAGUAUCAACCAAAUUUUGCUUUUGCAUUCCAACAAUUACACAGAUGUUGGGCUGGUUUUGGGGUAUUUUUCUACUCUUGGGUGAUUUUUUUUUUUUUUUUUUGCUUUAACAGUCCCUUUUAUUAUAUGAAUACUAAUUCAUUACAUGUUUAUUUAAUUGAACUUUGUCUGCUGUGUUUUUAUCUCCUGUGCUGCUGCUGCCACGACACUAACCCUGAAUUAUUGUCUAUUCUCAAGGAAAAAAUUUUAAGGUUGCUUCUCUACUCCAAAUAUGUCCGACAAAAGUGAUUGACUUUCCCCUGAACUCUUAAGUACCACUUGUAAAUAGAGAUUGUAAAUUAAGUUAUUGCGCCAAACAUGUAUAUAUGACAUGCGGACGCAUGAAGAUUUAUUUUCGGUCUUUUUGUUUUCUUUCACCCACCAAAGAGAGAAAUGCUGAACGUCCCAGUUGUCACAAAACCUCUCUCCACUCUGUAGUUAUGGAAUUGUACACAACACACUGUUUCCAUGUCAAUAUAAAGGUGUGAUUGAUUUUUUUUGUUUGUUUUUUGCUUUGAAGGUACAACAUAAAUAAAUGAGGAGAAAUUA